AUGGAGACUGUUGUGCGUCGCUGCCCGUUUUUAUCCCGAGUAUCCCCGACCUUUCUGCAGAAGGCGGGCAAAUCUUUGCUGUUCUAUGCUCAAAACUGCCCCAAGAUGAUGGAAGCUGGGCCCAGGCCAGCCCCCAGGACCCUGUCUACUUCAGCAAUACACUGCCAGCAAGUCAAAGAGACCCCCCCAGCCAAUGAAAAGGACAAAACUGCCAAAGCUGAGGUCCACCAGACCUUGCUGGAGCUCAGCAGACUUCUGAUGGGGCGCAGCUUCCGUCUGGACAUGUGCCCUGCCACAAGCCAGGGCUCUGCAAGCAAAUGCCCUUUCCUGGCAGCCCAGAUGAAACAGAUAGGCAGCACCGUAUUCCGCAAAGCCAGUCUUGAGCUUCAGGAGGACGUGCAGGAAAUGCACAUGUUGAGGAAAGAGGUUACCCAAACCCCAGUGAACCCCAAUGUGAUUAGUGUGAAGACCAAUGAUGGGGAGCCCAGUGGAUUGCUGAAGAACUUCCAAGAUAUCAUGCGGAAGCAAAGGCCAGAAAGAGUGUCCCAUCUCCUCCAAGAUAAUUUGCCAAAAUCUAUUUCCACUUUUCAAUAUGAUCGUUUCUUUGAGAAGAAAAUUGAUGAGAAAAAAAAUGACCACACCUAUCGAGUUUUCAAAACUGUGAACCGGAACGCACAUGUCUUUCCCAUGGCCGACGACUACUCAGACUCCCUCAUCACCAAAAAGCAGGUGUCGGUCUGGUGCAGCAAUGACUACCUGGGAAUGAGUCGUCACCCCCGCGUGUGUGAAGCAGUCAUGGAGACUUUGAAACAGCAUGGUGCUGGGGCUGGUGGGACUAGAAAUAUUUCUGGAACUAGUAAAUUCCACGUGGAGCUGGAACAGGAGUUGGCUGAUCUCCACGGGAAAGAUGCAGCACUCUUGUUUUCUUCUUGCUUUGUAGCCAACGACUCAACCCUCUUCACCUUGGCUAAGAUGUUGCCAGGCUGUGAAAUCUACUCAGAUUCUGGGAACCAUGCCUCCAUGAUCCAGGGGAUUCGGAACAGCCGCGUGCCAAAGUACAUCUUCCGUCACAAUGACGUCAGCCAUCUCAGAGAACUCCUGCAGAGGUCCGACCCCGCGGUCCCCAAGAUUGUCGCAUUCGAAACUGUCCACUCAAUGGAUGGAGCGGUGUGUCCCCUGGAAGAGCUAUGUGACGUCGCCCAUGAGUUUGGAGCCAUCACGUUUGUGGACGAGGUGCAUGCAGUGGGGCUGUAUGGUGCUCAAGGAGGAGGGAUUGGUGACCGAGAUGGAAUCAUGCCAAAAAUGGACAUCAUUUCUGGAACACUCGGCAAAGCUUUCGGCUGUGUUGGAGGCUACAUUGCCAGCACGAGCUCACUGAUUGACACCGUGAGGUCCUAUGCUGCCGGCUUCAUCUUCACCACCUCCUUGCCGCCUAUGCUGCUGGCUGGAGCCCUGGAAUCUGUUCGGAUCCUGAAGAGCUCUGAGGGGCGGGCCCUCCGCCGCCAGCACCAGCGCAGCGUCAAGCUCAUGAGGCAGAUGUUAAUGGACGCUGGCCUCCCGGUGGUCCCCUGCUCCAGUCACAUCAUCCCCAUCCGGGUUGCAGAUGCUGCUAAAAACACAGAAAUCUGUGACGAGCUGAUGAGCCGCCACAACAUCUAUGUCCAGGCCAUCAAUUACCCCACGGUGGCCCGCGGAGAAGAGCUCCUGCGGAUUGCCCCUACCCCUCACCACACACCGCAGAUGAUGGACUACUUCGUCAAAAAACUGCUUGCCACGUGGAAGCGAGUGGGGCUAGAGCUGAAGCCACAUUCCUCCUCAGCUGAGUGCAACUUCUGCAGGCGGCCGCUGCAUUUCGAAGUGAUGAGUGAAAAAGAGAAGUCCUACUUCUCGGGCAUGAGCAAGUUGGUUUCUGCUCAGGCCUGA